UGAAAGCAUUGGAGUCCUUCAGCACGGCCGAGACAAUGCUCAACAGAUGCUCAACUCGUAUGGGUACCAUCAACCAUUACAUCUUGACUCCCAAUGGGAACGGCAUCCAGUCAUGUCGGAUUCUUCCCUUUGCACUCGAGACAUCGCGAGUCUGCAUGCUCCCAAGACCGGCCCAUCAAUCCAAUUUUCUCAUCCUCCAUCAGUUAGGAGCAGCGAAGCACUCCGGACAUCAUUUCAGGCUGCUUCCCGAUUGCAAGUACCACACGAACAUCGAGUUGAAGCGGUCUUGGGAAGCUACCGAAGAGAUGAUGAGCAAAGGACUGGGUCCCGAUACAUGGGCGGCCGUUGUGGAGGCUCUGACUGCCAUUCUUCAUUUGGGCAAUGUCACGGCCAACAACUUCAAGGCGAUUGAAGACGCCAGCCUGGGGCUGGGGGUGACUAGCGCCGAGCUCGCCGACUAUCUCCUGAAGUCUGCAUUGCCGGAAGGCUCUAGGAAGAGCUCAGAACAGGUCACGGUCACAAGGGAUGCUAUGAUCAAAGCUUUGUACCGCGCUUUGCUGGACGUGAGCAUGAGGACUGCUCUAUAAUUGACGCAUCAGUUUGUCGUACAACAGAUCAACGAGCAAGGCGGAGC